AUGGAAGGAAGUAAAAAGUUAUCGUUAUGGAGAAAGCGGAAAGCUGUUUUCACUGUAAUAGCUGUAUUAAAACGAUUAAAAAGAAGCCGUCUGCCGGCAGAUACGAAAGGUAAUCUGGCAGUUUCCUCCUCUUACUCCGAACAUCAUCAUUUGGAAACAUAUCAACUUCUAUGGCUUACCGAUGAUGAAAAUGUUGUUGUUGUUGCUCAAUCAGCGCAAUCACAGCAGCAAUCUUUUAACUUAAAACAAAGACUUCGACAUAUAAUACAUGAAGUGAAAUUAUUUAACUAUAGUCAAGAGUGCGAAGAGUAUAUUCAAACUUUAUCGUCGUCAUUGGAAAAUAAAGAUGAGCAAAAGAUAGUUUUGCUUUUAACAGAGAAAUUCAGUUGUACAACUUUGAUAGAACGACUGCACAAUCUACGUCAAAUAAGUGCAUUCUAUAUCUACAAUUGUUUGAAUGUCGUUUCCGGCCGUGGGCAAACAAAAAACGAAUGGUUCGAUCAAUAUCAGAAAGUAAAAGGUGUGUUUGCAAAGUCAGAAGAAAACCAAUUAGUUAAUCAAUUGAAAGUUGACCAAUGUCUACGUGAGAAAAUUGAUCUUGAUUCAAUUGGUAUAACUGUUUACAAUCGCAGCAGUCAGUGUGAUGGUACUGAACUUGAACAGAGAAAUGCAAUGUUUAUGUACUUACAAUUGUUUCAUGAGAUUAUACUUCGUGUUAGAUCAUCAAAUCCACAGCAAUUAAAGAAUGAUCUCGUUAACUUUCUCAAAGAAAGAUACAACGAUAACGAAGAACAGUUAGCAAUUAUUAAUGAGUUUGAAGUGAAUUAUGAACCGAAGAAAGCUAUUUGGUGUUACACAAGAGAAUCUUGCCUCUAUCGUAUUUUAAAUAAAGCCUUACGUUCACUUGACUUCACUGUCCUCUUACCCUUUCGUUUCUUCAUCGUCGACCUACACAAGCAACUGACCUUCGAACAUGAACAACAACAACAACAGCAGCAGAACCUUCGUCUACUCUACCGCGGACAAUCAAUUAAAAUUGAAGAAUUAACUUUAUUACGUGAAAAUAUAGAUAAACUUAUCGGUUUCAAUAGUUUUCUAUCUACAACAACAAAUCGUAGAACAGCAAAGUUCUAUGCUGAAGCAAGUACAAUGAUAGCCGAGGAUCUCUAUCGUAUUCUCUUUGAAUUUGAGAUUGAUAGUAGCAACCAACAGAAAAAGAAGUUUUUCAAGCCAUUUGCUAACAUUACACAUUUAAGUCACUUUCAUGACGUAGAAGAUGAAGUUUUAAUCUCUCUAGGAAGUAUCUUUCAAAUUAAACACGUAGAAUUUGAUGACAGACACUCGAUGUGGCUAGCAAAAUUAAAAUUCUGUUCUGAUGAUGACUAUGCACUGAAGGAAGUACUUGACUAUGAAAAACAGAGAUUACCAAAGACAUCAACGACUCUCUUUAGUUUGCUGCGAAUGUUAAUUAAUAUGGGUGAAUAUCAGAAGGCAAAAGCAAUCUGUAAACAGUUGUUUAAUGAAUCAUUGGAGAAUAAUGAUGAUAUUCAAGAAGAAAAUUGUUACUUUUAUUUUGGUGAAAUUACACGUUUGGAAGGUGGUUAUGACGGCAGUUACGAUGUAUCAUUGGAAAACUAUUUAAAAUGUCUUGAAAUGGAGAAGAAAGAACAAGAUCAAGCAGCUAAAACAUCUAAGAAGAAUAACGACGAAUGGGUUGCAAUGCUCUGUUCGUCAAUAGCAGAAGUUUACUUUAGAAAAAAACAGUAUGAUCUAUCGUUAGACUAUUUAAAGCAAGCGUUAACUCUGCUUCCCGAACAACAUCGUUGUCGUGCACGUAUCUAUUUAGUAAUGGCUGAUGUUUAUAUGGAAAAAAGUGAGUAUAACCUUAGUUUAACACUUCAAAGUAAAGCCCUCGAAAUACAAAGAGAAAACGCACCAAAAGAACAUAGUGAUAUUGGACGAACUUAUAAUAAUAUGGGUUUUGUUCAUGAAAAUAAAGAAAAUUAUGAGCUAGCCCUAAAGUACUAUCAAGAAUCAUUGAGAAUUAAGAGAAAGACAUUACCAUCUGAUCAUGUCUAUAUUAAAAAUACUGAAAACAAUGUACGACGUGUACGCGAAUUGAUGGGACACAAUAAUCAAUCACCAUCACUGCCGGGUGAAGACAAGAAGUAG